AUGUCGCUACCAUCGUUGAGGCCAUCCUGGUCAAUCAUUGGGGUCAUGGCACUUCUAGCCAUCUCCACGGUUUACGCGCAUCCAAUCCAGGAGUCGACAAUGGAAGAACAAGCCCGACCCAUGCCUGUUGUACUACCUCGCGAUCCGAGACUCAUCCCCGAUACCGAACACUACCUUUCCGAGGUCUUCGAUCUGCUGGGCGUUACAGAGCCAAAAUCCACAGAAUCAACACCAACAGAGACACCCUCAGAAACACCCUCAGAAACACCCUCAGAAACACCCUCUGCUACUAGCGUUCCCAGCCCCAUUGUCAAGGCCGAGCAUGGGCAACCGAUAAACGUCGACGCGACGCCAGUCGUCAGUGGCAGUGGUGUUACCUACUCGGCUACGAUUAAGCACGGAAACCAGAAGCCUAUUGAGAACAUCCAGAUUGGAUCAGGUUAUCAUGGUGGAAAGAAGCUGGCUGCCUCGGACUUGCCGAUUAUUUUUGCUGCCGUGGAGACUGAGAUUGCGUCUCGAUGGCGGGAUGUGAUUGAUAGUUCGGAUGAGCUUGGAUUGGAUGAUGAAUUUGCUUUUUGA